AUGGACCCCAUCACCACCGCCGCCAUGACCGAUCUUACUCUGAGCGUCGAUGCCAUCCGCUCUGGGCUCAAUUCGCUUCCACAAGAACUCUACGACCAGAUCUACACCGCUGUCUUCACUGCGCCUGUAGGGGUGUACUGCCCGUUAGCCACAUAUUGGCGUGAAGAUUUCACCAAGGCCCACUACGAUGCAGUCGAAGCCAACUGCAAAAGCGAACGCAACCAAAACGACCUCAAACUCUUGCAUAUCUCUCAAGAAUCCCGCGAGAUCUUUGCCAAGAGCUACUACGGUCAUGGAAGCACGUUCGUCUUUCACGACCUGGAAACCCGGUUGUCGUACGUGAGUACGCUCGACAUCGAGCGCUGGCUUCUAAUGCUCCCGAAUGCGCACCGUGUGCUUCUCCCGAAGAUUCUAUUGGUACGACGCAUUARGAAACACGCAGACCCUUUGUACGCCAUUGCUAUGAUCAGAGAUAAUUUCACAAGGUGCGGAAUAGAACCUGCGUGCGCCGCAAAUGUGUUCCUACAGUACGAUGGCAAGGUCUAUGGGAAUGAGAUGCCGAAUUAG